GCUAAAGGGGCAAAAGAAAGGCAGGAAGGGAGGGAGGAAGGGAGACAGACAGACAGAGAGAGAGAGAGAGAGAGAGAGAGAGAGAGGGAGGAAGUCAAGACUUCUCUUGAAGUGCAUCCGACAUUCCUUGAGAGAGAAGAGGUGGCAGAAGACCUUCGUCACUGCUGAGGGGAAGCAGUCCAGAGGGAGCGCAAGCGUUUGGGUGCUCCGAGUGAGGUGAAGAGCCCCCUCCUCUCGCUUGGUCAGCCACCUGAAAAUGAAGAGCCAAAUCACCAACGCCCUCUCUGACUUUUUCUUCGAGUAUGAGACCCCGCGCCAGGUGCUGGUCAGGAAUAGGAGAGUAGGGGUGGUUUGUCGCCUCAUCCAGCUGGGGGUCUUGGCUUACAUCAUCGGGUGGGUGUUCAUCUACGAGAAAGGGUACCAGUCCACAGACACGGCGGUCAGCUCCGUCUUUACCAAAAUGAAAGGAGUGGGCUACACCAACGUGAGCGGAGAGGAGAGAGUGUGGGAUGUAGCUGACUAUGUCUUCCCGCCGCAGGGAGACUCUUCAUUUGUGGUGAUGACUAACUACAUUAUCACGGAAGGUCAAAAGAUGGGAAAGUGUCCGGAGCUCCCAGGCAAGCACAAUUGUAGCUCUGACGCCGACUGCGAAGGAGGGAGUUUCAAACGUACGGGACAUGGACAUAUGACUGGUGUGUGUGAUAAUGCAACAAAGACUUGCGAGGUUCUGGCAUGGUGCCCUGUUGAGAAUGACCACAACAUACCAGACCCUCCCCUCUUGAGGUCUGCAGAGAACUACACACUGUUCAUCAAGAACUCUGUAACAUUCCCCAUAUUUGGUGUGACAAGGAGUAACCUUGUCGAGGGCAUUGAUGCAACAUAUAUCAACAAAUGUCUUCACAAUACAAGAGAUUCUCCACUGUGUCCCAUAUUCAGACUGGGAGACAUAGUCAAGGAGUCUGGCUUUAAUUUUGAAACAAUUGCCAAAGUGGGAGGGGCCAUUGGCAUCGUGGUUGACUGGACAUGCAACUUUGAUGUGGAUGUAAAAUAUUGCAAACCCACAUACAACUUCCAUGGACUGUAUGGAAACCCCGAAGAGACAGACAAAGCCAGAGCAUCAGUUGGCUACAACUUUAGGUAUGCAAAACAUUAUAUGGAGGGCAAGGAACAAAAAAGAACCCUCCUAAAAGUGUUUGGCAUUCGGAUAGAUAUCAUUGUGCAAUCGCUGGCCAGAAAAUUUGAUAUCAUCCCAACAUUAACAGCAAUAGGCUCCGGAGUGGGCAUUUUUGGCGUGGCUACUGUUGUCUGUGACUUGGUGCUGCUGUAUUUGCUUCCCAAAAGAGAAUUUUACAAGAACAUGAAAUUCAAAUACACUGACACACACGGACAGCAUGACAGCGAGUCGCUCGGUUUAGACACAAGCAGCGUCUAUUUCACCAGUGAAGCCAAAACAAGACCAGGCCAAGACACUGCUCGGUCAAAUGGGAAUUCCUGUGCUUCUGUGAUGCAGGACCAUGAUUCAGAAGCAGGCAGUACAGAGACAGACGAAUCCAAAACUUCCACUAAUAUUCCCUUGCAGAAGUGACAACGGGGAAGAAUUUCACAGAAGCUGCGUUGCAUUUAUGUGAUACAGUGGAACCUUCAAAAAGACACAAGUCAACACUCCUUCUCAAUGGACACAAGAGGACAAUGUCUUUGACCUGACUGUGCAUCAUCGACCCACAUCAACAAACAAACCAAAAAGAAACUACAGCUAAUUGUGGUAGCAAAACAAAGCGAUUAAAUUGCAGUUGACAAUUUCGCGGUUCCUCACGAUGUACGACAUGCAACAAAAACGUUUGCAGAUGUGUGAACUGUGGACAACUAUCUUCUUCUGAGGUUGAUCUCAUCAAGCUCAGUGAGGUCGUAUCGGAAGUACAAUGACUUUGCACAAACAACUCACGAUUCAAUUUAUGAAUGUCGAAAUAGUGAACACCGUUGGGAACUGACCACAAGCAACAUAAUCGUAAAAUGAAUAUAGAUUUUUUUUUUCAUGCGUAGGCUUUCCAAAAUGCCUUUCAGUUUGGUACACAUGAAUAAUCCAACACAAUGGCUGUAUAAAUAAUUCUGCAUUUAAAAACACAAAGUCUUGCCCGACGUCAUCAGAAAAGCAUUAAUAUCAUGUUUUAUAACUGCUGGAAUGAAUGUACCUAACUCAAAUAGCAUACUGAAAAAAAAUCUAGUGAAAGUCGACAUUCCCAAAAAACAAUACCCACCCUCAUAUUUAGCAUAACAUGCUCAAAAUGUCUUUGCAAACCCCCCCCCCCCCUCCAUUUGCAUUGGAAUUUGAUUGCGGUGGUGCACCUAAUAAAGCGAGUGUCCCGAUGGGUGGAGGGAACCAGGGAUCCACAUCAGUUGUGUUGUGCGUCGUGCAAUCAAUUACCAAUUACUGUACUACCUGUCGGUGUCAAUGUCAAAGCAAGAAUUACACUGUGUGUGAAUGUCCGGCUGUCGCACUAACUUCAUCUCUGUGUGAACCUCGUGAUCCUAAUGGAAUUCAAUAAAACAUACUGUAGUUUGGC